AGUAAACAAGAAAGGCUGAGAUUCAAGGCUUUUGUUUCCCCCGUGAGCUGUUUUUUUUUAAGAAAUUCGUCUUGGUUUAGUUAAUAAAUACCACUGCGCCUCCUUAUCCACAAUGGAUGCGCAGCCCUCACCCACCUCCCCGGGCUGGAUCAAGCCUGGAGAUGUCAUGCGUGUGAGGAAACUGAAGGCCAAGCGCAAGGCUCUGCAAGCGCGUAUGAGUGCCCUUACGCCCUUGCAAAUCCUGGCCCCAGCAAAGGGACUCAGCGAUGCCCCAGAAGGCCGUGGAAUCAAGAGAAGAAAUCCGUUCAAAUGUUCCCCCAACAAAAAGCAACGAGCAGAAGAAGAUGGUGACCUGGAGAUAACGAGCGACGCAUCCCUCUUUCGUAUGCUAAGUCCGUCUGCACCAAAGCAGAAGGUGUCGUCACAGCAGGUUUACAGCUUCUCCAACAUCCUCAAACUCCAACAGCAGGAGGAACUCUCACUCAAGACAGAAGAAGUUCCUUCUGUGACGUGGACAGAGCAGCUGGCAGUCGACUGGAGCCUCAAGAGCAGAGUGAGAUUCAAGUCCGCCAAGCCUCUCCCAUGGAAACACAACUUUAAGACAUCAGAGGAAGCCUCAGGGACAACGGGUUUUGUACGCUGCCUGAACUCCACAUCAGACAACAGUGAAGACAGAACCCUUGACACAUCUCCAAAUGCCCAGUUCUAUCAGUGUUGCCUCGUCUGGCAGUACCCCAGUCUGCCCUGGCUCCAGCUCUUCCCCCGAGACAACCUGAAAGCUACGACACAGACGGGACUCUUCGGCACUGACAAGAAACUGGGAGACGCAAUUCAUGCUGAGUGGAGCGAGAGCCUGCGUUCACUACACCAGCUGCUGCGCGUGAGGCAGUGUCCAUACUUCUACGUCUGUGGCCCUACCUUCACUUGCCUAUUCCGAGCAGCAGGCGUGGCGGGCAUUUCGCAGGCCCAUGCCCUCAUCACGCCAACAACUAGGGGUUUUAGAGAAGCCAUGAAGAACGAAGACAUUGAAUUUGAAAUGCCCUUCCACAACAGCGGCACUAAGAAUGAACAGGAGCUUCAGCAGGAAGACGAGGAAGAAGAGGAGGAGGAGGAAGAGAAGGAGGAGGAGGCUACCUCCUGGCUAGAGAAUCUUGGGGUUGAAACCUCGCAGUUCCCCAAUCUGAACCCCAAUCGCGUGAAGCUAGAAAGAGAAAAGUUCAAGAAUGUAGACAAGACUGCUGCAUCCCUGGUGUAUGUGGAGGGCAUGGAGACCCAGGGCCUCAUAAACUUCCUCUUGAACAGCCGCAGUUGUGUGGGUACCACAGGGCUCCUGGCUGGAGUGCCACCCACUCUUCUGUCCCCUGUGGCCUUCCAGGGCAGCACACUCAAAACACUCAAGGCCAAAGGAAGUGUUAUCCGGCAGGAGGGUGACAUGCACCAUAGCAUGGAGGUGUCAGGCCCCAUCCUGCCACACACUGUGCAUCAGCUGUGCUCCCUCCUUUCCCUAGCGACAGACAGCUACACCCUCUCACUCGUUCCUGUUCCAUCCACACUCCCCUUCUCGCAGCACAGCCACCACGAUGCGACUGCAGCUCCUCAGGCUUUUGCACAAGAGGGCCUGGUGGACUGUGGGUUCGAUGCCAGCGUGCGCUCCCUCAUAUGCACACCGCGUAGAGCAGAACAGGAGGAGACAGACUUGCCGCCAACAUACCGUGAAGUCACAUACAAAGAUAAGAAGUUCACUUGGACUGACAAAUUACAAUGAAAGUGAUAUUAGGCUCCAUUUUGUACAAAUUUUUAUCAUUAUUAGUAUUGUAAGUGCCAUAGUAUUCAUUAUUAUUAUUAUCUUUAUUUUUAUUUUUUUAUUAGUAUUUUUAUUAUAUUUUAAAAAAAUCAAGUUAGUGACAUUUUACUAAUAUCCUUGAUCAGUGAUUUUAUUUUUGUAUUAUUAUUUGUUUUUUACAUUUUUUUUGCAAAUAUACGUGAAAGAUAAUCAAGUGUUACUUGCAUGUGACAUUAUACUGACUCCUUCGUUCUAAGACUUCUAUAGCAAGUUUACAGUACAAUCAUAGGUGUCGCAGUGUAGAGCGGAAAGAGAAACUGGAGAAAUAUUUUCAAAUUGCGAGUGACGUGAAAAUUGUAUUAUAUUGUGUAUGUUUUGUGUCUAUGAUGGUAAACAGAAAAAGAGAGAGAGAAAAACUUUAAACCCAGUGAAGAAUUUGCAUGAGUCACGUAAAAAAAAAAAAAAAAGUGGAAUCUUAUACUAAAAGUGUGACUCACUUGGCAGAAAAAAUUGGAAAUGACUGACAGCUCCUUCAAUUCCUAUAAGAAAGAGCAGUAAAUUUCUUAGAGAAAUAAAUCAAUUUGUUUGUUUUCUUUAGAGAUUUCUGCUUUACUUUUUAUUUUUUUUUAUUUCAGAGAAUUGUAAUUUUGUGAGUGUUUUUUUUAUUUUUUUUUUAUAGAUAUCUCCUUAUGUUUUAUUGCUAAUGUAAAUACUGUGUCAUUAAUGUGGAAAAUAUAUGUUUUAGCAUUUA